AUGUCUUUCUCUAAGAUCGCAGUUGUAGCUGGUGCCGCUUUUAUCUCUGGUGUUGCAGCUCACGGACAUGUUCAAGGUAUCACUGCUGACGGUGUCUGGUAUGAUGGCUAUAGCCCAUCUUUUCAAUACGAGAAAGUUGCACCAAUCGUUGCUGGAUGGUCUGAUCCACUCGAUCAAAACAACGGAUUUAUUGCACCAGAUGCUUAUGCUACAUCCAACAUCAUCUGCCACUUGAACGCUACCAACGCUCAAGGAUACGUCAAUGUUACCGCCGGUUCUGAGGUUAACUUGCAAUGGACCGCAUGGCCAUCAUCUCACCACGGUCCAGUCAUUGACUAUCUCGCAGCCUGUACCGGUGACGAUUGCACAACCGUCGACAAGACCACCCUCGGAUUCUUCAAGAUUGAUGGUGUAGGACUCAUUGACGAUACCACUCUUCCAGGUACAUGGGCUUCUGACCAACUCAUCGCCAACAACAACUCCUGGUCCGUUACUAUCCCAGAAGCCUUGGCUCCAGGUGCCUACGUUCUCCGUCACGAGAUUAUCGCUCUCCACUCCGCUGAGCACGCCGACGGAGCUCAAAACUACCCACAAUGUGUGAACUUGUGGGUUUCGGGAACUGGAUCCGCUGUUCCAGCCGAUACCGUUCUCGGCACGGCUCUCUAUACCGAGACUGAUCCUGGUGUUAAGGUCAACAUCUAUGCCUCAAUCGCUUCCUACGAUGUUCCAGGUCCAACUCAAUGGGCUUCUGCUACUGCCUCUGUUGACCAAGGUACUUCAGGAGCAGUAGCUACUGCUGCCGCCUCUUCAUCGGCUCAAACCACCGUAGCAGUUGUUGCAUCUACUUCGGCCGCAUCAGCGGCAAGCGUUGCUACAUCAUCGGCUAUUAUUGCCAGUUCAUCAUCGGCAGUCAUUGCUUCCUCCAGCUCUCCUUCCACAUCAGCUGUCGCAGCUGUUAUUACCUCAGCCCCGGCUGUUACAGGUGGAUCGAACGUUACCACCGAUGUCAUCACUGAUUACGUCACCAUCACCGAUGUUGUAACCGUUACCGUCACUGCUGGUUCCGCUUAA